AUGGCGAAGUUAUCACAGCUGCAAAACCAGACCAUGACCAAAAACAAUAAUCGGAACAAUAACGGUACUAACAGUUCUAGUACAACUGGUGUUCAGAAAGUGAAGAGAACCAGAAGAAGUGUCCCCAGAGACUCUCCUCCUCAACGCAGCUCCAUUUAUCGAGGUGUCACUAGGCAUCGGUGGACUGGUCGAUAUGAGGCUCAUUUGUGGGAUAAGAAUUGUUGGAAUGAGUCACAGAACAAGAAGGGACGCCAAGUUUAUCUUGGUGCAUAUGAUGAUGAGGAAGCGGCAGCACAUGCUUAUGACUUGGCGGCACUCAAAUACUGGGGUCAAGACACCAUCCUCAAUUUUCCGUUAUCAACUUAUGACAAAGAACUGAAAGAAAUGGAAGGUGUGGCUAGAGAGGAGUAUAUUGGAUCACUGAGAAGGAAAAGCAGUGGUUUCUCUCGUGGAGUUUCAAAAUAUAGAGGUGUUGCAAGACAUCAUCAUAAUGGAAGAUGGGAAGCUCGAAUUGGCCGAGUCUUUGGGAACAAAUAUCUUUAUCUUGGGACAUAUGCCACGCAAGAAGAAGCUGCAACAGCAUAUGACAUGGCGGCGAUCGAGUACCGCGGACUCAAUGCCAUCACCAACUUUGACCUCAGCCGCUACAUCAAGUGGCUGAAACCUAACAGUACCAUUACUACUGAUCACAACCAUAUUAGUGAAAACCUUGGCCUUCAAAACCUUAAUACAAACACCGAUACUAAUAGUAGCCAAAGCCUAAUUAACCAAGAGACUGAUAAACUAGGGCUAGGUAAUUUUUUCCACAGCAUCCAACAAGUUGCAUCAUGCAAUGUUGACGAAACCCUAAUCGCUCAGCAACCGCGGCCAUCCACAGCCACGUCAGCCCUAGGUCUCCUUCUCCAGUCUUCCAAGUUCAAGGAGAUGAUAGAGAUGACGUCUGCGGCGGAUCACUGCCUGCCGCCUCCAUCAUCUCCGCCGCCACCACCAGAGUCAGAGGCUCCGCAGUCCUCGUUUCCGGAGAACGUGCAGACUUACUUUGAUGACCACAAAUGCCAAGAUUCGAGCAGCUUUGCUGAUGGGGACGAUGGUAUCUUUAGUGAGCUCAACUCGUUCAUGCAACCUAUGUUUCCUUGCGACUUCGACGUGGACGCUUACUUAAAAGAAGGAAAAGAAACUUAUUAG